GUUGGUACCAGACUACUGGCAUGUGUACCUCUGAUGCACAUAGAGCAGAGCGUGAAUAGAUGGAUAAAGGAUGGAUAUAAGAAGGAGUUUUCCGAAAUUUCCGGGUUCGCGAGGAGAUGCAUUCAGCAGGCUGAUACCGAGACGGACGCGGACUGGUGCUCGACUGUUUGCGGUAGGAGGAGGCGGCUCCAGUCGGCGUGUGGUUUCGGUGCUCAGUACGGACUGCGAAGAGGAGAACGUACAGACUCUAACCUUACCUGCUUUGCCUUACAUCGGCCCACGAAGAAAAUUCCCCCACGCUUAGAGAAGACGAUGUGUGGGAACAUCUGGGCGCGGCACACUUCUUCACUGGACGACGAGCUUCCACUCGGCCGAACCGCUUUUGUAUUUCCUCGCUGAAUAUCGUGUGGACAUUUUGGAUUUUUUCCCCCUUCUCCUUCCUCCGAUGUGAAAACAGCACUAUUGUUAGCCCUCUUUUGUAUUCACGUUUUGAGUCCAGGAUUCUCUCUUAGUCCAACUUAAAUUGUGACUUUAACAACUUUAACACAGCAUCGCUGUGGAUAUGACUCCACUCGGUCUGUCCAGAGUCGCUGUUUAAUGUGGUGGGGGUUGCUGUUAGCCACAUUAGCUCGAAACCAAUCCAAGUGCAGUUGAGCGAUGCUGAUUUUUACCGCCGACUGAAUGCUGUUCGUUCGUCGUCACGUCGGGGUUUAAAAGUGUCUGGACAUCACGACUGGACAAAGCAACGCCAGCAAGACACCAAGUGCCUGAAGAUGUCGAAGCGCAGCUUCUUCGUUCGCCUGGUGCCGUGCCGCUGCCUGCGGGGCGAGGAGGAGGCGGUGACGUCACUGGACUACUCCCACUGUAGCCUGGAGACGGUGCCCAAGGAGAUCUUUAGCUUUGAGAAGACACUGCAGGAGCUUUUUCUUGAUGCCAACCAGAUUGAAGAGCUGCCUAAACAACUGUUCAACUGCCAGCUGCUCCAGCGACUGAGCAUGCCCGACAACGAUGUUGCAGUAUUGCCGCCUGGUGUCGCCAACCUCAUCAACCUCAGGGAGCUUGACGUCAGUAAAAACAGUAUCCAGGAGUUUCCUGAGAAUAUAAAGAACUGCAAAGUGCUUACUGUCGUGGAGGCCAGCGUCAAUCCCAUCUCAAAACUCCCUGAUGGCUUCACACAGCUAAUGAGUCUAACCCAGCUUUACCUGAACGACGCCUUCCUUGAGUUCCUACCGGCCAGUUUUGGCAGGCUGACUAAGCUGCAGAUUCUGGAGCUGAGAGAGAACCAGUUGAAAAUGUUGCCAAAGAGCGUGCAGAAGCUCAUACAGCUGGAAAGGUUGGACCUGGGCAGUAACGAGUUCACUGAAGUGCCUGAGGUACUGGAGCAGCUGACGGGACUCAAAGAGCUCUGGAUGGACGGAAACCGGCUGACGUUCUUGCCAGGGAUGCUGGGCACGCUUAAGCAGCUGCUCUACCUGGAUGUAUCCAAAAACAACCUGGAGAUGGUGGAUGAGCAGAUCUGUGGCUGCGAAAAUUUGCAAGACCUGCUGCUGUCCAACAAUGCCCUCACACAGUUGCCAGGCUCUAUUGGCUCGCUAAAGAAACUGACGGCUCUGAAGGUGGAUGAGAACCAAUUGAUGGAGCUUCCCGACUCCAUUGGAGGACUGACCUCUCUGGACGAGCUGGACUGCAGCUUCAACGAGAUCGAAGCCUUGCCAUCGUCCAUUGGCCAGUGCGCUGCUAUGCGCACCUUCGCAGCCGAUCACAACUUCCUCAGCCAGCUUCCCCCUGAGAUGGGAAACUGGAAGAACGCCACAGUGCUGUUUCUGCACUCCAACAAGCUGGAGUUGUUACCAGAAGAGAUGGGUGACAUGCACAAGCUGAAGGUCAUCAAUCUGAGCAACAACAAGUUGAAGAACCUCCCCUAUAGUUUCACAAAGCUCAGCCAAAUGACAGCCAUGUGGCUGUCUGAAAAUCAGUCCAAACCCCUGAUCCCGCUACAAAAAGAAGAAGAGCCAGAGACCCAGAAAACCGUACUGACCAACUACAUGUUCCCGCAGCAGACUCGAACAGAGGAGUAUGUUCCUAACUCCGACUCUGAAAGCUUCAAUCCGGCUUUGUGGGAGGAACAACGUAAGCACCGAGCUCAGGUGGCUUUCGAGUGCGACGAGGACAAAGAUGAGAGGGAAACACCCCCGAGGGAGGGCAACCUGAAACGUUAUCCCACGCCGUAUCCCGACGAACUCAAAAACAUGGUAAAGACGGCUCAGUCAGUAGCGCACCGGCUCAAGGAGGAUGAGUCGAGCGACGAUUCGGGUAGAGACCGCAAAACGCCCACGGAGAGGAACCACAUUGGCGUGCAGGAUGUGGGAGUCAAGGUGAUAGAAACCCCCCGCCCUAAUGGCCUGGCGUCAGACUUGGAAGCGAAAGCUUGCAACACCACCUUCACUGUGCCAAACAUCCCAGAAGCAGUAUCAAGGGACAUGGAGACUGAGUCCUUUAGCUCCCAACAGGUCCCACUCAAAUCAUCCGAGAGUUCUACCAUAAAUCACGAAGACACGCUUGAGGACUCAGAGGAGUUGUCUGAUGAAGAGGAGGAGAUGAAGAUUGCGGAGAUGAGGCCGCCUCUCAUUGAGAUUUCCAUCAACCAGCCCAAAGUGGUGACACUGAGUAAGGACAAAAAAGAUGACAGCAAGGAUGCCGACUCAUUGCUGGAUGACACAGUGGCCAACAGCAACCAGAACAACAGCAACUGUUCGUCACCAUCACGAAUGUCAGACUCUGUGUCGCUGACCACUGACAGCAGUCAGGACAAUUCCCUGUGCACCCCCGAGAGGGAGGCCAAGAUGCCCUUUCUGCCCAAGAGCAGGCACGAGGAUGAGAAUAUGAACCCCUCCAAAGAAGUUGCCGGGUUGCUGCACAAUGGCAAUGGCUCUGAAACGUCCCUCCAAGCGCUGUUGAGGACCCAGCAGGGCGCCACUCAGCCUGCAGGUGACUACGACCUUUCCAUGGAAGCCAGACUAGCCUUCAUUGAGAAGGGACUAAACAACAGCUUGGGAGAUGGCUACACCAAGUGGGACCAGAUCAAUAUGAACGUGUCGCGUCCGACGACAGACAACAUGGUGGAGCCUCAGAAUGGUUCAGUUGGCCAGGAAGAAGUGGACGCCAAGAGAGGUUUUGACAACCACCAUUUCCAGAACGGAAACCAGCAGGCAAGUGACGGGUCCUCGGCAGGCGGCGAAAUGUCUCGCAGCUCUGAAGAACUAUCUCCUGAGAGGAGGUGUCACCCCCCUCAGGUGAGCAAGUCUCAAAGCGUCAGCAACAUAGAAGCGGGCAGCAUGAGGUUAUACUCGUUUGAUGGCGACGCUGCGGCAGAGAGCAGGAUGUUGGGUGGUGGGGGCCACGCUCCAGCGUCCACAGCUCAGGGCCAGAGUAUCGUGAGGAGCAAGUCUGCCUCGUUGCUCGACGACCAAAACCUCCAAGUCUGCCCUAGCUCGGACCUGCUGUCUUCCUCCAAACCUCCCACCAGCACCAGCAGGUACCUGGUGCCCUCUAGUGGGGCCACAGGUGCCUCCCCACCUCAGUACAACGUCCAGUACUCAAGCAAAGAUGGCAUGUGGGCCCAGAGGACGCCCAUCCCCCCUGAAAACCAAGGCUACCUCCCCCCUGCCGCCCAUUCGCUCGCCAACACCAACUACUCCAAUCGCAACCAGGCCCCCCCAUACCCACUGCUGCCCCAACAGAGGGGGGGUCCCGUGGGAUCAAAACCACCAGCUGAAAUGUGGGCAAAGGAGAGACUCCACUCUACCAGCAGCCAGUGUAGUGGAGGCACUCUCCAGCGGCAGGGCAGUACCACCUCUGCUACUUCCGCGGGCGAGCCUCGCCGCUUCCAGCUGCCCGAGGGUGACUACAUGACCUAUCGGGACAUUCACACCCUCGCCAGGGGCCCGCUUGCCAUGAGCCAGGCGGCGCAACGGCCCAUCUCGACCCGGACAUACAGUAUUGACAUAGCUGCUCCGGCAAGGCCGGCCUGUGCCCGUCCGCAACCCCACGAGCUCUCGGAGAGGACCAUGUCAGUUAGCGACUUCCAUUAUCCACAAGGUAGCCCCAGCAAGAGGCCCAACAUCAGGGUCAAGUCAGAACAUUCUCUCUUGGACGGGCCCGGGCUGGGGUUGGGGUUGCCGGGAAGGGUACCGGCAGACUGGAGGGACCAGGUGAUGCGGCACAUCGAAGCCAAGAAGAUGGAAAAGAACGCGCUGUCCCGCUCCUUUAAUUCCCAUAAUGCUCCUCUCGGCUGCUCGCCGCACCUCUACUGCUACUACGGCAGCUGUAGGGACGUGUUCAGGCCCUACGCCGCCUUCAGCGAUGAUGUGUUUGGGCCACCGGUCCAGCAGAGCUACACCAUGGACUCCCGCAGAAAAGUGCCUCUGAUGAACGGUCAGGUGGUUUCGUCAGCUCGUCCACACGUGAAUCAAACGUCCAUGGCCCGCCACCCCUCCAGAGAGCAGUUGAUCGAUUACUUGAUCCUCAAAGUCUCCCAGCAGGCUCAGGGGCCCCAGCGCUCGCCACAUGAGAUCCACGUUAAGGUGGAGAAAAAUCCAGAACUUGGUUUCAGUAUAUCGGGAGGAGUGGGAGGUCGUGGGAACCCUUUCCGUCCAGAUGACAAUGGGAUCUUUGUGACAAGGGUCCAGCCUGAGGGUCCGGCAUCCAAAAUUCUUCAGCCCGGUGAUAAAAUUAUCCAAGCUAAUGGCUACAGCUUUGUGAACAUCGACCACGGGUAUGCUGUGUCCCUUUUAAAGACCUUCCCCAGCACUGUGGAUCUGACAAUCGUGAGAGACGUGCAAGCGUAAACGGGGGCCGGGGGGAAAGCGGGAGAGUUAUUUUUGUAUACAAGUGUGGGGGGAAAAUGCCACUUGAAUGUAAGCAUGUUGACGCGGUGGUCAAGCGGACUGUCACUGUGGUUUCUACGUUUUCUUUUUUCUACAAAAAAAGCUGAAGACUUGAGCUCCCCUUCUGUCCAUGACCACUAGGGAGCAGAACAGCUCUAUUUUUGCUUUUUUUGGGGUGGGGGGCAUGUGUAAAUCGCAAUGGAGCAGAAAAGCAGCAAGUGCUUGGAGAGUGUUCAUGAAUGAAAGUGAGACAUUUGGCCUAACUCUUAUUUCCACAAUGCGGCCGAAGCAAGGAUGGUGAGAGGAAAAUGUCUCUUGAGUAAGAGUGGGUCUACAUUUCAUCUUUUUCAUCACCUUCAUUUGGGAGAGCACCACUCUUUGGCCUUUUUGUGCCCAUUCCUGUUGAUUUGACUCAUGCGCGGAGAGAAGCAAGUGCCAUAAGAAGACCUUGAACUGUUUCAACGAGCAAUAUUCACACUUUGCAGCAAUAAAGCCUUUUUUUCCCA